AUGACUGCCGUCCUGGCAGAAGUUCCUAUUGUUGCAGAUGGUGAAUUCGUUGUGGGAAUGAAAUUCAGUUCUAGAGAAGCUGUUAUUAAGGCGAUGAAGGAGUAUACCCUUCGAAGAAGUGUAGACUACCGUGUGUAUGAGUCGGAGCCGUUGACAUUUUAUGCCAAGUGUACACAGUAUGGGUCAGGGUGUGGUUGGCUUAUCAGAGUUAGCAUGAUCAGCAGAAAGUACUGUUGGGUUAUUAGGAGGUACAACGGCAGUCACACUUGUACCAGAGCAACCAUUUCUCAGGAUCAUUCAAAGCUGGAUUCAAAUACAAUUGUAGAAGUCAUAAAGCUGUUGGUUGAGGCUGACCCCUCGUUAAAGGUAAAAUCAGUUAUUGCAGAAGUGCAAUCGAAGUUCAACUACACCGUCAGUUAUCGAAAAGCUUGGUUGGCUAAGCAAAAGUCAAUUGAGAAAAUAUUUGGAGGUUGGGAAGCAUCCUACAAAGUGUUGCCCAUAUGGUUCGAGGCCAUGUGUCAUAAGGAGUCAUCAGUUGUCAUACAUUUUGAGACUAUGCUUGCAUAUCAAGGGGAUGACUUGGUAAGUGAUAUCCGUGUAUUGCAUCGAGUAUUCUGGAGCUAUUACCCCUACAUUAGAGCAUUCAGACAUUGUAAGCCAGUUGUCAAGGUGGACGGGACUCACUUGUACGGAAAGUAUAAGGGUUGCUUGUUAGUGGCCGUUUCCCAGGAUGGUAACAACAAUAUCGUUUCGAUUGCAUUUGCUAUUGUCGAGGGAGAGACUUAUAAUGCGUGGCACUUUUUUCUUAGUAACCUGCGUCAACAUGUUGUGACUCGGGAUGGUGUGGGACUGAUAUCGGAUCGACAUAAAUCCAUAAAUGCAGCUGUGGAACGCAGAUAUUCUAGGACAGUUCGUGAGUAUGAAGUGCGUUACCAGCGUUUACGAGAGCGGGGAGAGGCGUACACUAACUGGUUAAACCGUAUUUCCCGCGAACAGUAUGCGUUGGCAUUCGACGGUGGUUACCGAUGGAGUCACAUGACGACUAAUCUAGUGGAAUGCAUCAACUCAGUCUUGAAGGGUGCACGCAAUCUUCCCAUCACUGCACUUGUGAAAGCAACAUUCUACAGGCUUAAUGAGUUGUUCACAUAA